UGGAGCAGCCAUUUGUAUGCGGCCGCGGGAUUGGUCGCCCGGCUCCCGCGAGGGGGAGGGGACGGAGGCAGCGCGCACUCGCGCGUGCGUGAGCUGGAGCGCGAGAAAGGGCCCGGUCGCGCCGAGGCUCGAGCGGCCGUCGCCAUUUUGUAGGGUUCUCUCUGACGCGGGAGCCGCCGCCACCGCCGCCGCCACCCGGAGGUGCGAGGGGGUCUUCUGGGCUCUUGUCAGGAUGGUGAAGCUGUUCAUCGGAAACCUGCCCCGGGAGGCCACAGAGCAGGAGAUCCGCUCGCUCUUCGAGCAGUAUGGGAAGGUGCUGGAAUGUGACAUCAUUAAGAACUACGGCUUUGUGCACAUAGAGGACAAGACGGCGGCCGAGGAUGCCAUCCGCAACCUGCACCACUACAAGCUGCACGGGGUGAACAUCAACGUGGAAGCCAGCAAGAAUAAGAGCAAAGCCUCAACCAAGUUGCAUGUGGGCAACAUCAGUCCCACCUGUACCAACCAGGAGCUUCGGGCCAAGUUUGAGGAGUAUGGUCCAGUCAUUGAAUGUGACAUCGUGAAAGAUUAUGCCUUCGUACACAUGGAGCGGGCGGAGGAUGCAGUGGAGGCCAUCAGGGGCCUUGACAACACAGAGUUUCAAGGCAAACGAAUGCACGUGCAGUUGUCCACCAGCCGGCUUCGGACUGCGCCCGGGAUGGGAGACCAGAGCGGCUGCUAUCGGUGCGGGAAAGAGGGGCACUGGUCCAAAGAGUGUCCGGUAGAUCGCACGGGUCGUGUGGCGGACUUUACCGAGCAGUAUAAUGAACAGUACGGAGCGGUGCGCACGCCUUACACCAUGGGCUACGGGGAAUCCAUGUAUUACAACGACGCGUACGGAGCCCUCGACUACUAUAAGCGCUACCGGGUCCGCUCUUACGAGGCGGUGGCAGCGGCGGCAGCGGCUUCUGCGUACAACUACGCGGAGCAGACCAUGUCCCAUCUGCCUCAAGUCCAGAACACGGCUGUGACCAGUCACCUCAACUCCACUUCUGUUGAUCCCUACGACAGACACCUGUUGCCGAACUCAGGUGCUGCCGCCACCUCGGCUGCUAUGGCUGCCGCCGCUGCCAACACUUCCUCCUAUUACGGAAGGGACAGGAGCCCCCUGCGUCGUGCUGCUGCUGUGCUCCCCACAGUUGGAGAGGGCUACGGUUACGGGCCAGAGAGUGAGCUGUCUCAGGCUUCAGCCGCUGCACGGAAUUCUCUGUAUGACAUGGCCCGGUAUGAGCGGGAGCAGUAUGUGGACCGAGCGCGGUACUCAGCCUUUUAAAAACUGGAGGUGUGAACCUCAAAUGGACUGAAUAACCCUGAGUUGGUUGCAGUCCCAGGAGCCUGAUGUUAAUGAGGCUGCCAGGAGGAAAUACUCCAGAACUGUUGGGGAUCUGAAUUUGGGUCUCACCCUAGCAGAACUGAUUCAAGAACGUCACAACUUUUGAAGUCGGUUGGUACAGAUCAAGACCACGAUUUGGCCCUUUGUAAUAAGUAGAGGAACUUGGUGUGAGUUAACUUCUUUUUUCCCCCAGCCAUCAGUGUCUGGAGUUCCCAUCAUCAAUGGAAGAAUUUAGAGAAUUUUAGGAUUUCUUCUUUCGAUUUGGUUAAGGGAGAUUUGACCACGUAGGGGUACUGCUGGAGUUACGGCUCUAACUCUGGGACAGUAGGACAUGUAGGUAUGUUGCAGGAUAAAUGACACCCUUUGUGACUGCCAUUUCUGAAAACUUGUUUACUAUGAAACCGUGACAUGAAACAGACUUAGAGUAGUGCAGUUGGCAGUAUUCGAGAUCUUGGCAUCAUCUGCUUUUUCGGGACACAACUAAAUUAAUGGUUUUUGAUACUAUCAUGUAUGCCCUUUGUUGCAGUGACAGUAGCCUUGUAUCCCAGAGGUGGUCUUGCCUAAAAGAUGGAUUAAAAGAUGAGAAAGAUAGAUUUUAUCGGCAGCACAGCAGUCUUCCAGAGAGACUGCUGCUCAUUCUGUACCUAGCUGUGAGUAGAUCCCUUGGUAAUGACACAGGACGUAAGUUUGAUCCAGUCUGACUUGGUUUUGUUUUGUUCUUUGUUCUUUUCCCCCUGGAAUACAGGACGGGACCAGGGCCCUUGUACUCGGAGCCAAGCUGCUCUCCAGGCAUUGUGUAAGCCUCUUGUGUUGUGCUCUCUUUCAGGUAGGAUAAUUGCGGACUGAACCCUCGGGCUGCGGUCAUAUAUGAGAACUUGCUCCGCGCGGUCCCCUUUGCCGGGAUGUUUCCAUUGCUUCAUGUUUCAGUAAACAAAGGAGUUUGUGACCAACUAUGUUUUCUUUCUUAAUUUAAUUCUUCUAAGUUGACUUUUCUUUCCUCCUGAUACUAGUUUCUGUAGCUUUCACUCUGUUCCUUACAUUCUCAGCCUCUGAGCGGCCCUAGGUAAGGAUUAUGCUGGCAUCCCCUUUUUCCUGUACAGUGGAACCCCUCUUAUCUUGCUUUCCUUAGGAGUUGAACCCUUCUCCCUGUCUACCUGAACAUCUCCUUUCCCUUUAAAAUGACCAUGUAGUGGCAAGCGACCUUUUACUCUUCUCUGUUAGCUCUGGACUCUAACAUUGAAGCUAAUCUUCUGAAACUGCUAGGACCAUUGGGGUUUUGGGGGUGGGGGUUGUUGUUGUUUUGUUUGUUUGUUUUGUUUUUUUAUGUCUGACCUGUGAUCGUGGUACAGCAUUAGCUGAAAUUUAGCCUUGUUUUACUCCACUCCUCCCACUUUUUUUUUUUUAAUAUUUUGACAAAUAAACGUUUCUAACACUUAAGUA